UCCAAAGUUUCUUUUCUUUUCUCUCUCUAUAUCAACAACUACCCAUCUUUCUUACCUGAAAAAAAAAUAAAUUCUUUUCACAUCACUGCUCUUUUUUUAGCUCUGUUUUUUCUUCCAAGAAAUCUACAAAAAACAAAAUGAUGGUUGAAAAAGAAGAUUUGGGGUUAAGUCUUAGCCUCAGUUUUCCAGAUAAUAACAAUAAGAAGAAUACUCAGCUCAAUCUUUCACCUUUCAAUCUCAUUCAAAAAACUUCUUGGACUGAUUCCUUAUUCCCUUCUUCAGAUCGGAACAUUGAGACAUGUAGAGUGGAGACAAGGACUUUUUUGAAGGGAAUCGAUGUGAAUCGGCUGCCGGCGAUGGGUGACGCCGACGAAGAAGCCGGCGUUUCGUCACCGAACAGUACGAUUUCGAGUGUAAGUGGAAAUAAGAGAACUGAAAGAGAAGCUAAUAAUUGUGAUCAAGAGGAACAUGAAAUGGAAAGAGGUUCUGAUGAAGAAGAUGGAGAAACUUCUAGAAAGAAAUUAAGGCUAUCAAAAGACCAAUCUGCCAUUCUUGAAGAAAGUUUCAAAGAACACAAUACACUCAAUCCUAAACAAAAGCUGGCUUUGGCCAAAAGACUGGGAUUGAGGCCUAGGCAAGUUGAGGUGUGGUUUCAGAAUAGGAGAGCAAGGACAAAGUUGAAGCAAACAGAAGUUGACUGUGAGUUCUUGAAGAGAUGUUGUGAGAAUUUGACAGAGGAAAACAGGAGAUUACAGAAAGAAGUUCAAGAGUUGAGGGCAUUAAAGCUUUCACCUCAAUUCUACAUGCAAAUGACCCCUCCCACCACCCUCACCAUGUGCCCUUCAUGUGAGCGUGUUGCGGGCCCACCGUCAUCCUCAUCUGGGCCCACAUCCACACCAAUGGGCCAGGCCCAACCCAGGCCCAUGCCAUUUAACCUAUGGGCCAAUGCACUACAUCCUAGAUCAUGAUUUUGCAAGAAGGGCAAUUUGGUCAAAUGAAAGUGACAAGGAAACUUGUAAUCGAGUACCAUAAUGUUUUGUGUAUGAAAAUAUUAAUUUUUAUGGUCUAAGAUAUGGUUGUUGGGACUUGAGAAUGGGGGAUUUGGUGGGUCAAAGAAUCUUUGAUUUCUAUUAUUGACUAUAUCUUUUUCUUGUAUUUACAAAUUAGGCUUAUUAGUCUUUUUUACUAUAUUUGGUAGUAAGUACUAAUAGUUUACUUUUUCCCCCAUUUUGAGGUUAUUGGUAGGGUAAGAGGAAGUGGACUUUUUAGAUGUAAAGUUAUGAAGGAUAUCAACUAUUAUGGUUAUAGAUUUACUUGGAGAAGUUUUUAAGUUUGUCUUUUGAUCA